AUGGCAUGGGCACAGAGGGAUCUGACAUCCUCGCUCUCCAUCGUCAGCGCCUGGGCCGCCUGUCUCUCUGCCACCACCAGCGAAGUGAACUUGCUGGACACAUCAACAAUCCCAGGGGACUGGGGCUGGAUGACUUAUCCCUCACAUGGGUGGGAUUCCAUCAAUGAAAUGGAUGAGUUUUUCAGCCCCAUCCACACCUACCAAGUGUGCAAUGUCAUGACCCCCAACCAGAACAACUGGCUACGAACCAACUGGGUGCAACGAGAUGGCGCACGAAGGGUCUACGCGGAGAUCAAAUUCACCCUGAGGGACUGCAACAGCAUGCCAGGGGUGCUGGGCACCUGCAAGGAGACCUUCAACCUCUACUACAUGGAGUCUGACCGGGACCUGGGCAGCAGCACCCGGGAGAGCCAGUUCCUGAAGAUCGACACCAUCGCGGCCGACGAGAGCUUCACCAACGUGGACCUCGGCGUGCGGCGCCUCAAGCUGAACACAGAGGUGCGAGGUGUGGGGCCCCUGAGCAAGAGGGGGUUCUACCUGGCCUUCCAGGACAUAGGUGCCUGCAUUGCCAUUGUCUCAGUGAGGGUGUACUACAAGAAGUGCCCAGCCACGGUGAGGAACUUGGCCUCCUUCUCCGAGGCUGUGACCGGGGCGGACUCGUCCUCCUUGGUGGAAGUGCGUGGGGAGUGCGUGGGGCACUCGGAGGAGAGGGACACCCCCAAAAUGUACUGCAGUGCUGAAGGAGAGUGGUUGGUGCCCAUUGGGAAGUGUGUGUGCAGCGCUGGAUAUGAAGAGCAGAGGGAUUCCUGCAUGGCAUGCCAGCUGGGAUUUUACAAGUCAGCCCCUGGGGACCAGCUGUGUGCCAAGUGCCCCUUGCACAGCCACUCGGAGAGCCGAGCGGCGCGAGUGUGUCGCUGCGACAGCAGCUUCUACCGCGCGCUGCAGGACCCUCCCUCGGCCGCCUGCACACGCCCUCCCUCUGCUCCUGUGAACCUGAUCUCCAGUGUAAAUGGCACAUCAGUGAGCCUGGAGUGGGGUCCCCCCCUGGACAAGGGGGGCCGUGCUGACGUGGUGUACAACGUGCUGUGCCGGCGCUGCGCGGGCACCGCGGGGCCGUGCGAAGCCUGCGGCAGUGGCAUCCGCUUCGUGCCCCAGCAGAUGAGCCUGGUGCAGGGAGCCCUGACUGUCACCAACCUCCUGGCACACACCAACUAUUCCUUCUGGGUGGAGGCUGUCAAUGGUGUCUCUGACCUCAGCCUGGAGUCCAGGAGAGCUGCGGUCGCCAACAUCACGACGAACCAGGCAGCCCCGUCACAGGUGGUGGUGGUGCACCAGGAGAGCACAGGCCAGAACAGUGUCACCUUGCUGUGGCAGGAGCCAGACCAGCCCAAUGGCAUCAUCCUGGAGUACGAGAUCAAGUACUACGAGAAGGACAAAGAAAUGCAGAGCUAUUCGACUCUGAAAUCCAAGGGCACCACUGCCACCAUCUCUGGGCUCAAACCUGCAACCCGCUACAUCUUCCAGGUUCGGGCUCGCACCUCUGCUGGCUGUGGGAGGUUCAGCCAGACUGUGGAGGUGGAGACAGGGAAGCCAGUGUCUCUCCGGUACGACACGAUGACGAUUGUCUGGAUCUGCCUGACACUCAUCACUGGCCUCGUUGCCUUGCUGGUGGUCCUCAUCUGCAAGAAGAGGUAA